CAAAAUAAGAAAAAUAAAGAAAUUAGUGUGACAGCUAGUAUCAUCUGAAUGAUGUACAGAAAGCGUUUGUUGUUCUCAUGGUCUUUGAAAGUGCAAAACUCUGUGAUAAUGGACGACUUGUGAUGAUUAUAUACAUAUAAGAAAACAGAAAAAUAACAUCCAUAUAUAGUUUAAAUAAUACUUUGAGAGAAGAAGGGAAUUCCUUGUGGUUAGUUUAUUUUUUUGAUCAUCAUUUUUGGCUAUGCACUGAAGCUCGUGUCAGGAGGGCACACGGAAGCGUUGAGGACCUAAGUCAAGCAACUAUCCCCACCUCGAACGUCAUACCAGCGCCGCACCUCAGCAAAGUGGUAUUGUCAUGAGGUGCCACGGCGUGUCUGGGUAUGUGGCACGAUGUGUCUCUGUAAUGCUCGUCUCUGUCUUUAAAGCAAGCACGGCCUUCGGAACUGGUCUUAUCGACAUGGAAUACCCGGAACUCUCAACCGCCCCGUACUUCAUGGCUGUCGGGAACCGGAUUGUUAACACGACGGUCGGACAGACGGCUUACCUCCACUGCCGCGUCGCGCAGAUCGGGGACACAGCGCAAGUCUCUUGGAUCCGGAAGCGGGAUCUGCAUGUCAUCAGCUCUGGCAACGUGGUCUUUGCGUCCGACCAGAGGUUCCAGGUGCUGCACCCGGAGAAGUCGGAGAACUGGACGCUGCAGAUCAAAUACGCUCAAGAGAGAGACUCCGGCGUGUAUGAAUGCCAGAUCAACACUGAACCGAAGAUCUUUCUAUCUUACUUUCUCACUGUGGCUGAGUCGCGCGCGCUGAUCCUGGGCCCCGGCGUCGUGAAGGCUGGCAGCACCAUCAACCUCACCUGCUCCGUCAGCCAAGCGGGAAUGGAAGGACUAGUGUUUUGGUACCGCGACCAAGAGAUCCUGGACUACGAGGGGCCGGUGUCCAUCCUGACGCAGGAGACGCCAGAGGGAACCACGUCGCGUCUCACCAUCAGGGACGCCGCGCCCUCAGACUCAGGCAACUACACCUGCUGGCCCACUUCGGCGCAGCCGUCCUCCGUGCUCAUCAAUGUCGUCCUCGAGGGAGAGCAGCCAGCGGCCAUGCAAACAGGUGUGGGCGCGCACACCUGUCCUGCGUCGCACCUGCUGUGGGUGCUGUUGCUCUCUCUCGUCCUCACCCUUCUGCCUGGACCCAGAUGAUAAACCCGAGAGAAAAGUGUUAAGUGCAAAAUAACAACAAACAUAUGAGACAGCCAGGCGUCAUCCUCAACGUGCGUCUUGCUUUCUCUGAGCGAACGCCCCCCCCUCCCCCCGGAAGCGUCUGAGGGAGGCGAGCGGCGUUGAGCCAGGCCGGGAGGCGCUCGCUCGCUCACGCGUGGUCAAGUCCGUCCGCCAGGCUUCUUCUUGCCUUCCUCUUAGCCUUGUUAUUGGCAAUGAUUUUCAUUUUUCUCCUUAUUCUUUUCAUUCCUGGUUUUCUUGUUAUUGUUAUUAUUUUUCUUUCUCGUCUUAGAGUUAUCAGUAUUAGUGCUCUAUCAUAUCACCAUCAUUGUCUUGGUCAGUAUUAUAGUAAUUACAACUAAUAUUGUUACUGUAAGUGUUAUUAUUAUUGAUAUCAUUUGAUAUUACUGCUAUUAUUAUUAUCGUUAUUAGCAUUGUUAUCACUAUGUUCAUUAGCCUUGUUUUUUUUCUUUACUGUUACUAUCUCUUUGUGUCACACCUCACAAAGGAAUUAAUACUAACAUCAGAAUAUUUAUUUAUUAUUAUUAUUCUUUAAUGAAAAUUGCUGUAAAAUGUUCGCCAUGUGGCAGUAACUAUGCCAAGAGGUAUUUGUGAAAGGAGAAUGCAAUUAUUAACCCCCAAAAAAUAGUAUAUCGAUUCAGGAACAAAAUCUUAUUAUUGUAGUUAUCAUCUCGUUUAUUUGUUUAUUGUCAGUUUGCCCCUGGCUGAUCGCCUGUAUUUUUUGUUUAUGGCUCUUAAAGUCCAACCAGGCUGCACUUCCCACUACUCAUGAGUCUCAUUCUUUGUCUGUCUCUGACUUUCUAUCUGUCCCUUACCCCUCCCCCCUUCCCCCUCUCUCUAUUUUUUCUCUAUGUCUGUCUGCCUAUCUGUCUAUCUAUUUAUCCUCGAGACACGGCUAUUCUCUUUCCUCGGUGUCUUGUCUUGAUGUCGUUGAGGUCGAGUUUUUAUACACUAAAAAGUGGGAGUGUCUCUUUGUGAAACUUGCAUCUGUAUUGCACAAUGGUCAUUCUAUUGCCCCUGAAUGAUGGCCUUAUAAUAACUUGGUCGGAUUUCGUUCAUAUUUGAUUUACAUUAUACAUGUGUAGAUACAUGCAUAAUGUAUAAGGACUUUGAUGUUAAACUUCAUUGUUGAAUGGUCUCAUUUAUGGAGUGUAGAGGCCUAAGACUUCUUUCUCUGCAGACAGAUGAUGUUCGACUUCUAAAAAGAAAAGACAAUGGAAUCUGAUCAAAUAAAAAAUAAAAAUGAAAAUCAAUAGGUAAAAAAUCAUCGUCGAAAAAGCAAUAUAAAAGGGUUUACUGGAAUGCGGAGGUUAAAUUUAUACUCUGAAUUUCUUAAUGCACACACGCUUUUACCUGAAAAAAUAAUUAGUAAACAACCCGAGAUUGGAACAAACGCGUGCCUCACAAUGCACAGCUGUACAGUUCAGUGCUUUAUUAUGGUGUUGCAUCAGAAAAUCAAAGACAAAGAAAAAUGUCUCUAUGGAAAGAAAAACAGUGAUAAAACAUACACACAAGCACGAUAUAAAUUAUGUGAACAGAUAUAUCACAUUUCUGAUGGACAUUUGUAAAUGUUAACAAUGAGAGGCUUUAUAUCAUGAACGUACAUAUUAACCCAUUGCCGACGGGUGGCAUGUACGUACAUGCCAUGACAUGUCGGGACCAUCUGCCGGGGGCACGUACGCA